AUGGCAGACCCAACCUUCAGAACCCCCCGCCUCACAAUCUCCCACCUGGACCCCUCAAACCCCUCACACUGCAAUUUCCUCGUCUCCCUCUGGAACACACCCGAAUUCAUCUCCAUGCUCGGCGGCAAGCCCACCUCUAUAACCAAGCCUUCCGCCGCUCAAGCUCUAAUCCAAAGUCGCUUUGUUGCUGAACAUGCCCGCAAUGGCUAUGGAAUGUAUCUGGUCUCUUUGACUGAGGACAACACUCUGAUCGGUACUGCGAGUUUGAUGCGUGGAAAGGACUCUGCGUUGAAGGCUCCUGAUGUGGGAUUUGCUAUGUUGUCGGAGUUCAUGAGGAAGGGGUAUGCUGUUGAGGCUGCUAAGGGCUUGGUUGAGUAUGCUGAUAGAGAAUUGGGGGUGAAAGCUGUGUUUGGGUUUUGUGAUGAGGGGAACGAGGCUAGUAACGGUGUGCUGAGGAAACUGGGUAUGAGGUGGGAAGGUGUCAGACCGGUCAAGGAGUUCGACAACAAGGAGACAGCGGUGUGGAGUUGGGGUAUGAAGGAUGUCAAGGACUGGGGCCUUGAGUGA